AUGGCGGAGGUGCUGGAGUUCCGCGUGCCGGCAGCGAGCGCCCAGACGCUGCUGCUCUGGGGGCUGGAGGCAGCGCCGGGGCUGGAGCACUCCCUGUUUUCAGCGUUUUCCCAGUUCGGGCCGCUGUACUCGGUGCGCGUGCACAGGAACGCUGCCGUGGCAGGGCCUGGCUGUUACGCCGUGCUCAAGUUUUAUUCCUGCCGAGAUGCCCGCAGAGCCCAGCGCGUGUGCAACGGGCAACGGCUCUUCCAGAAAUCUCCCUUGAAGGUUUGUGUUUGCACCAAGCAGAGAGCGAUUCAGAUGCCGGUGCUGGCUCUCAACAGCAACAAAUGCCAAGAACUGGCCAACCACUACCUUGGCUUUAACGGCUGGUCCAGUCGCAUCAUCACACUGCAGAAUGUUUCUGGCUUUGACGAUGAGAAUGAGGAGAUGGGAAAGACCUUGCAGAAGCAAUCCCUUAAAUAUGUGUGUGUUGUGGAAGUGACAAUACCCAGGCACGGGGUAUGCAGCAGGGGAGUUGGCCUUGCCGAGGCCAACAUAGAAAAUGGUGAAGAUCCUCUCGAGUUUGUCACAGCCACAAGAAGAGUUCAGAAACUCGCAGUUGGGAAAGCUUUAUCCAGUGCUUUUCAGAAGAUACUCCUCGUGGUUUUAGACAAYGGUAAAGUGGCUGUGGAAUACAACUGCACCCAAGAGGAGCCCACAGACUCUUUAACAGAAGAGGAACUGAAGGGGCUAAUUCAGGUCAAUGAAUUGUCCUUGGACCAGAUUGACUUUGARGAAGAGGAAGUUUUGUCUGAUCUCAGCUUUGAUGAUAACCUCCUUCAACAGGAGGCACUGUCUAAUUAGUGUGGCCCAGUCUUCAGAUAUUUUGUAAAGUGCUGCGGUAUCUGAUUGAGAUUGAAAGUCUAAAGCUGUGAAAUGACAUCUGCCUCAUAUCCAGCACUUUCCCCAAAUACGUAACGGAGAAAGAAAUGGGCAAUAAACGUGGYGUUACUAAAAUUAAGCCCCAAAAUGUAUAUUGUUUUUGGAGAAGAAAGUGUUUGCCUGUCAACUUAUCCAGGUCAGCUAUAUAUGGAAGUGAGCUUGGCUGCAUGAUUGUUAUUUAGACAGUAUACCAGAUGUGUAUAGUGCUUAAAAAUAAAACAAAUAGGCCCUUCCUGGAACUGCUACGGUACAGGUUAGAUCUGAUCUUCAAGAGAGUGACAGCGACAGGUAGAAAAAGCUUCUGCCAGCAGGAGUAGCUGUGGGACUUAGCCAUGUGUGCCGAGGCACAACAGAAAAAUGAAUUUCUCUAGGUGAAAUUUCUCUUAAAGAGAUAAGCCUAAGCCAUGUGUU